AUGGCAAACACCAGUACCGAAAUGGUCAAGAUUGGGGUCUUUAUGCCGUCCGAGUGUCAGCUCCUCGACAUGGCCUGCGUAGACGUCUUGUUUAUGAUGUCGAGAGAGUACCUGGGCGGUCUGCCAAUGAUACCCAAACACAUCCCGAACGUGGCGCCAAGCGUGGAAAUCUGCUACAUUUCUGCAAAGACCAGCCCCAGCUCUAGCUCUAGCUGUAGCUCGAACUCGACCCCGGAGGCAGCAGAACACCUUGUUCCUCCUCAGCUCCCCUUGACGGCGGGCGUCAAGAUCCGGCCGACGCACGACGUCUCCAGCCCGGAGGUCCAGCCGGGCAUGCUGGAUAUCCUGCUCGUCCCCGGGCCGGAUCCGGCGGCGAGCUGGGAUGAGGAGACGUUGGCGUUUUUGAGGGGACAUGCUGAUGAGGAGGAGGGGGAGGGAGGAAAGGGAAAGAGGACGGACGUGCUGAGUGUCUGUACGGGCGCGUUCUUGUGUGGUGCCGCGGGGGUUUUGGAGGGGAGGAAGGUGUGCGGGCCGAGGGGUCUGCAGGAUGUUUUGAAGAAGAGGUUUCCGGAUGCGAGGUUUGUGGGGGAUGAGUUUCGAUGGUGUCGGGAUGGUAAUCUUUGGAGCUGUGGUGGCAUCACGAACGGGAACGAUCUGGUGGCGGCGUACGCUCGGAGCAGCGAGAGGCGCCUCUUUCCGGGGCCGAUUGUCGAGAUUGCGUGUAAGAUGGCGGAGGUUGGUGAGAGGGGCCAGAUGUAUGAGCAGGGGCAGACGAGGUUUGCUUUGGGGUUUGUGUGGCAGCUUGUCAAGGCUUGGUUUGUGAAGUCGAGUUCCCAAGGUAGAAUUUGUGUACCUACGUUAAUGACAGAGGCUGUUCUGUCUACAGGACAUGCAGGAGAGAUACCGUCCAUCUAUAACAAGCACACAGUGAUUCUUGAUAGCGCAACAAAGGUAGCUCGAAGGCACCUUGAAGGCAGCACAGACUUCGUCAACAGCAUCAGCACCGACGCCGGUGAAGACGUCGUUUUGGGCAUUUUUUGGGCAUUUUUGGGCAAGGGUCCAAUGCAGCUCCUUCCCCAGACGCACCUUCCCUGCCGUUGCGCCUUGGUUGCCAUGUGGAAAAAAAUUUCAGGCAAAAGUUCUUCGAGAACCUCGACUUUUCUGUACAACCUCCCUCUCACACUCGAAUCCCACCCCAUCUUCUUCCUCUCCCUAGUCUUUCCAUACCCCCAAAUAAUCCCUUCAAGAACGAACGGUCUUUGUUUUUCGACCUCCUUGAAGAGCAAUCAUCAACUUCCUGUCGCUCUCUACGGGCUCGAGGUCCCCGCCGGCGAGAUCCUCAUUCCCGCCAACCCCGACUUCCCUGCCACUGUCGCAACUUGCGCUGGGCGCCGGCGCAUUCCUGCUUAUUCACGGUUAACUAACCUUGGGAUUGACCAGUUCCGCAUCACCAUGGCCGCCAUUGAUCCCUCUGAGGCUCCCGAGGCCGAUGCUGAUGGCAACAUUCCUGCUGUCCCCCGCUCUACCCUUCGCCUCGUCAAGCAGCGCUUCGGUGACGACCUCGAGGCUGGCGAGGAUGACGAGAUCGAUGAGGACUACCUUCAGUCUCUCAUUGACGCCAACGGCGAUGACGACGAGUCGUCCGAUGACGAUGAUGAGCCCAACGGAGGUCCCAGCGACCCCUCCAAGUCCAAGAAGCAGAAGCAGGCUGAGGCCCUUAAGAAGCUGAUCGAGGCCGUCAACGAGGAGGAGUCUGACGAGGAGAUGGACGAUGCCAAGCCCAACGGAAAGUCUAGCAAGAAGGGCAAGGGCAAGGCCUCUGAUGAUGAGGAGGAUGACGAGGAGAGCGAUGACGACGAGGAGGGCCUUGACCUUGAGAACUUUGUCAUCUGCACUCUCGACACCGAGCGCAACUACCAGCAGCCCCUUGACAUCACCGUCCAGGAGGGUGAGAAGGUUUUCUUCGUCGUUUCUGGUACCCACACCGUCCACCUCACCGGUAACUACGUUAUCGACGACGAGGAGGAGGAGGGAUCCGACGAGGAUGAGGACGACGACGAGUACGACCUGUCACCCGAUGAGCUCGAGUACGGCAUGCCCGAUGAGGACAGCGACGACCUUGACGACACCGAGGACCCGCGCGUCAUGGAAGUCGACACCGACGAGGAGGAGGCCCCCAAGCUGGUCGAGACUGGCAAGAAGGGCAAGAAGCGCGCUGCCGAGAGCCUCGACGACCUGAUCAAGGCCGACGACGAGACCAAGACCUCCAAGAAGGACAAGAAGAAGCUCAAGAACAACAAGGGUGAGGCCGUCGCCGCCGAGGAGAAGACCACCCCCAAGUCCGACAAGAAGGUUCAGUUCGCCAAGAACCUCGAGCAGGGCCCUACCGGCUCCGCUGAGAAGACCAAGCAGGCUGGCAAGCCCGCGGGUGGCGUCAAGGUCGUUCAGGGAGUCACCAUUGACGACCGCAAGCCUGGUACUGGCCGCGCUGUCAAGAACGGUGACAGCGUCAGCGUCCGCUACAUUGGCAAGCUCGACGACGGCAAGGUCUUCGAUGCCAACAAGAAGGGCAAGCCUUUCACCUUCAAGGCUGGCAAGGGCCAGGUCAUCAAGGGCUGGGACAUUGGUGUCAUCGGCAUGGCCAUCGGUGGUGAGCGUCGUCUUACCAUCCCCGCCAACCUCGCCUACGGCAACAAGAGCCUGCCCGGCAUUCCUGCCAAGAGCACCCUGACCUUCGACGUUAAGCUCCUUGAGAUUAAGUAA